AUGGCAGCAAUGAACACAAAGAGACGCUCCGCCGGUUGUAACAAGGUACGACCAGAUCCUUACGACCCAAGGUCGCGCCGCAUGGCCUAUAACAUUAUACCUUCAACCAAAGCAGCUAUUGAAAGCACACAGCAUGCUGAUGCUAGCUCUAAACCAGCCCAGAACCACAAGAGGAAGCGUCUGAACUCGCGUGGUAAAUGGAAGGCUCGUAUGCGACUGCUCGGCGAGGAUGUCGAGACCAGUUCGGAUGAAGCAGACGAGGAGGAAUGCCGGCCAAGGAAGCGUUUGAUCUCGAGAGGUGAAUUAAAAGCUUGCUUGGCCCUCAAAAGAAGGGCACAAGAAGAAAGCUCGGAAGGUGAUGAAGAGGAAAGCUCCGAAGAAGAGCAAGUUGAGAAGAAGGUGACCAUCGUGAGAAAGACAGAACAAGAGCCCUGGGAAGACGAGGAUGAAGACGCCUCAGAAGAAGAUGAGGAAGAUGAGGAAGACGACGACCUCACGGAAGAUGAAGACUCACUUCCAGUCAAAUACAAAGUCGAUACCAUCCACUUCGCGACGAAGGUUUACGAUAUCCAACCUCGUCGCAAGACCAUUCCUGUCUGGGAGUCUCUCAGAUACCGCCACCACGUUGACCUGCCCAACGACGAGCGGAUCUUCGUCGACGACAUCAUCAGGGUUGGCUACGAGGGAUUCGCCAAGAUUCUGGAAAUUCGCUACGAUCGUGAGGAAGGUGGCUGCCUCGUCCUCAUCCAGUGGCUUUACGACAAAGACGAUAUUAUCGACCUGCUACGGUCACGUGGAAGAUCACACCUAUACGCAGUGACAGAAGGCGUAGGUCGUCAUCGUAUACUGCCAUCGGACCAUUUCCAGGUCAUCGACCAGGACGAUAUUAGUGAGACGGCCGACCUGAGAGGAAAGUGUGUGACAGUGUCUUGGUACUUUACUUGUGCUUGGGAAGGAAUGGAGGAGUGGAUGAUGAGUCACAAGUUCCAGAAGGCUCUCGACAAACAGCUGGACGAUUCGCACCGGAGAUGGCUAAUUAGGUCUACUCUAGAGCCUCCGAAUUACUUCAAUUGA